UUCUCCACGAUCACCGUCUCCAAAGGCCAGACUGAACUGCCGGUACACCACGACCAAUCCUAGAGCCGUUGCAACACCAAUCCUACAAUGGCUGUCGACAUGAAGAAUGGAGCUUUCGAGCUCGACAACACGGACAUCCCCAAGGGCGAUAGGGUUCUUCCCAUGUUCUCCCUGAAGGGCCGUACAGCCAUUGUUUCUGGCGCUGGCGCGGGUAUUGGUCUCGGUGUUGCGCAGGGUCUCGCCGAGGCCGGCGCCAACGUCGCCAUCUGGUACAACAGCAACAAGCAGGCUCUCGUGGAGGCCGAGAACAUUGAGAAGACCUACGGCGUCAAGUGCCGCGCGUAUCAGGUGAAUGUUGUGUCUCCCGAGGCUGUCGAGAAGGCUAUCAAUGAAAUCGUCGCCGAAUUCAACGGUCGUCUGGACGUCUUUGUCGCCAACUCCGGCAUCGCCUGGGAAGACGGCGCCUUCAUUGACGGAAGCACCGAAACCGCCAAGAAGGUCAUGGCGGUCAACGUCGAUGGUGUGAUGUGGUGCGCAAAGACCGCUGGCGCUCACUUCCGUCGCCAGAAGAAGGAGGGCACCACACUCGAUGGCAAGCCUUUGGAGAACUUCCUCGCCGGAAGCUUCAUUGCCACGGCCUCGAUGAGCGGGAGCAUUGUGAACAUCCCGCAACUGCAGGCCGUGUAUAACGGUUCCAAGGCAGCCGUCAUCCACUUCUGCAAGAGCUUGGCCGUUGAGUGGACUGGCUUCGCCCGUGUCAACACAGUGUCUCCUGGAUACAUCCAGACCGAGAUCUCGCACUUUGCGGAUGCCGAGGUGAAGAAGCAGUGGAGGAGCAAGACCCCGGCUGGUCGCGAGGGUGUCGUGAGCGAGCUCAAGGGAUCGUUCCUCUACUUGGCCUCGGAUGCCGCCUCCUACACAACUGGUCUGGACCUCAUUGUCGAUGGCGGCUACUGUCUGCCCUAAGCGUCUGAAUUUCGAUGGUGGAUGGGGCGAGCAUGAGCUGGGUACUUUUAUACCUUGCCUCACAGACAACAGGGAGAACAGCAACGGAGACUGUGACCGGCUGCGAAAGCAGCUGACGAAGAAUGACUUUCACGUAAGUAGAUACCACCAAGCUAGACUUGAAAUUAG